GACACGUCAUUGGAGAAAAAACACGAAAAUGCUUGAAUUUCUCUACAUGAGUCAAGAAUUGUGCCAAGUGCAAAUUCUAUAACAGAGCAAAAAAGGUAAUUCCUCCUCACGACUGUAGAAAAAAUUGGUCACAGAGCUCCAAAAGUAUGGAGUCUGAUAUAGCUGUAACUUUACAUAAAGAAGCAAAGGACACUGGAUUGAAGUAUGCUGCCGUCAUAGGUGAUGAAGAUUCUAGUUCGAUCAAACAUAUCAGGGAAAAAGUAAAUCCAAACAUAGUAAAAUUCUCUGACUUGGGACAUUUAAAAAGAACGAUAAGAGGUAAACUAGAAAAAUUGCACAAGUCGCAAAAAUCAUUAAGUGUCAAAGUGCGUGAGAGCUUUAUGAAAAAUUUUUCGUAUGCCGUGCAGCAAAAUAAAAACAAAAGUGAAGAAGAAAUGAGAAAUGCUUUGCAAGCUAUAGUACCGCACAUGUAUGGAAACCACACACGGUGUGGUUCUUGGUGUAAGACUGGUGAAAACCACAACAGAAAGCACCCAAACUUACCUUAUGGUUGCGAUUUAACAGACAAUGAAUUGCGUAUACACCUGGAAAAUCUGUUGUCACCGUUCAUUUCAAAUUGCCAAAAGUUAAUGACAAGUGGUUCAACACAGGCAAAUGAGUCGUUGAACAAUAUUGCUUGGAGCAAAGCACCGAAGUCACGCAAUUAUAAUGCAAGUGAAAGUUUUGAUUAUAGGUGCGCAGCAGCCGUCUUGCAGUACAACGAAGGAGUUGAAUACAUAAAUAGAGUAAUAGAAAAGUCAAAUCUUACACCUCAGAGAGCGACAAAAUCCUACACUGUUGCAAAAGAUAAAAGGAGGUCAUACCUAAGAUUCUAUCAGAAAGAAAAAAAGAGUGAAAAGACGACGACUAGAUUUGAAGAAAAGGCGAUUAUUUAG